AUGAAAAAGAGGGGGCUGGUGAAUCAAGGCAACACGUGCUUUCAGAAUGUUAUCAUGCAGUCUGUGCUGGCUUGUCCGCCGUUUUUAAAUUUGUUGGUCGAGACUUCGACUGCUUGUCCACCAACGACUUCAAUGUUGGCGAGUACAUCGACGUUCAAGGCGUGGCGACACAUGUUGGCGUUUACGCGCAAGUUUGAAGAACCGACACUGGCUCAAUUGCAGGCUCAAGUCAGUCACGGUGACCGAAAGGUCAACGAUAUGCAUGGCAAAGCACCACAGGCGAUUCGUAUCAGCGGGUACUUCAUGGACAUAUUGGGUGCUUUCUAUAAGAUGCGCAGAGAGCAGGAAGAUGCACUGGAGUUUUUGGAGUAUUUGCUCGCAGAGUACGAAAAGAGUGGUCUACGUUUGCCUGCCUCGUGUGAAAAGCAGACAAAGCGGGCUCCUGUGAUCGAGCAGAAUGAAGCUAGUGUGGACGCGGGCGCUAAGAGUGCUCAAGCGUUCGAUGACGGCUGGGCAGAGGCUGGUAAGAAAGGCAAGAGCAGCGUGCUACGUCAGAAUCCCGUUGACACUGUCCGCUCGCCGAUAAAUUAG